UUCUUUUCUUUUCAACGCCCAUCUCUUCAGCUCGCUGUAAACUCGAGCAUCACGGAAGCAGGAAAUAGUUUCUGAUGCACCUGACGCAGAGUCAAACCGUCUAGUAAACACACAGCAGGUUGAUUUAAACGUAAUUCGUGCAGCCAUCGUGCACAAUGUCAGACGGAGAUGAAGAGUCAUUCAAAGCUGUGGACUUGAAGCAACAGGCUCAGAAGACUCCCAAACCAGAGUCAGACAUCCAGCCUCAGCAAUCUCCUAGUGAAACAGAUGAACACAGCACACCUUCACCAGAGGCCAGGGAGGAAACUGUCUCCUCUGCACGUACUUCAGUGGUCAAAGCUAAAUGGACGUCAACUGUGGAACAGUAUAAAAUGAAGAGAUUCUUUGUCCUCAGGCCUGGAACUUUGGACCAAGCCAUUGAGGAACUUAAAGGCCUGGUGGACCCCUCAGAAGAUGGUACUGUCCAGAGUGUUUGGCUCAUGGCUGAGAUAGAUCAUUGGAACAAUGAGAAAGAGCGUCUAGUGCUCAUUACAGAGAAUACCCUCCUUAUCUGCAAGUAUGACUUUGUCAUGCUCAACUGUGAGCAAAUCCAGAGGAUUCCACUCAAUUUCAUCGACCGCAUCUGCCAAGGCAACUUCUGCUUUCCACAACGCUCCCUCCUGACGAGAGAGGGCGAGGGGGUGCGGGUGUUUUGGGACAAGCUCAGAGAGCCAUCUUUCACUUCCCGUUGGAAUCCCUUUUCUGUUGACUAUCCUUUCUCUACGUUCACCUAUCACCCUGUCAGAAGCGCAAACGAGCAGCUGGGCCGUCUGUGUGAGAUCAACAACUUCAGGGAUCAGCUGACUUUGGCAGUCCAGAAAGCCCACAACAUGAAGCCUAUACCUGGGAAAGCUAAUGGGGUUCUUGUGCUGAAUCAACCCAUCCUUAUUGAGGCAUAUGUGGGUCUGAUGUCUGUCAUAGGAAACCAGAAUAAGCUGGGAUAUUGCUUAGCACGAGGCAAUAUUGGGUUUUGAGAAAGCUUUGAGUCUUCCAUUGAAUGUUAGUAAAUCUCUUGUACCAGCUGAGCACGAAUAGUUUAUACUUAUAAAAGAUAACUUAAGAUAUUUAAAAAAAAAAUCAGUUUAUCAUUGAUAUUCUUAAAACAUGUUUUUCUAUACCUUUUAAUGUCCAUCAAACCUCACAGUUUCAUCUAGUUAUAUUGCUCCUCUAUGAAUUACGCAUUCAUAGGAUUUCUUAGCUUCUUUUUAGCUGUUUUUUUAGGUAUGAUUGUUUUAUUCAUUUCAUUUCAUCAUCAUUUCAAAAUUUUACUUCAGAUUUGCCACAAAUCUUAAUAACAUAAAUGAUUGAUAAUAAAUCUGUAUAUGACUUAAUAAUGUAAAAAAAAAAACAAUGAAAUGGCAGUGUUGUACAGUCAUUUCCUUUGGGUGUGUCAUAACAUAAAUAUUUAAAAAAAAAGAAUGUGGUCACUCCUACGACUUCCUGUGUAGAAAUAUAUUGUUUUUGUAUGUUUUUUUUUUUUUUUUUUUUUGCUGUUGUUGUGCCCCUGCAGAAUGUGCCGCUCUUUCAGCUUCCUCACUGUUGAAAUGCAGGAAUUACCGUUACUAAUUUGUAAUUCUGCCUUUUCUUUCUGUACCUGUAUUGAUAUCUUGCACGAGGCUUCUUACAAGCCACCUGAAGAUACUGACACAAGUCAUAUUUGUAAGAUGGUUUAGGGUUUAUUACAGCAGAACAGCGCUGGAAUUUCCCAGAUUUUGUAAUUGCUACAUUCACACAGCCUUCUUGAUUUUUUUUCUACAGCAGAGAGGCAAACAAUCUGUAAAGCCUUUAUAAAAUACUGUAAGUGCUUUUAUGGAAACUGCUGUCAUGAUUACUGAAUAAUAAUUACUGAAAAUAAUUUGUUGUUGAUGCUUCAGAGUUGUGUUAUUAAAAUGAUAACACAA